AUCCCAACAUAAUCGUGCGCAUAGCCAGACAAAGGUCAACAGCCACCUAGAUCGAUCUCUCCCAAUCUCUGCCGCGGAUCAAUGGCGUUCUUUGGCUAUGACCCGUACGACUACGGCUAUGGCUACCCCGCCGCCGCCGAUGCCUUCUUCCACGACGCCGAGCAGCUGAUGACGGAGUGCUUGCGCCCCGCCCGCCGCAGGGCCCCGGCGCGGCACGACGACGCCUUCUUCCCUGGCUUCGGCGCCGCCGAGCCGGCCGCACGGACUACGGCGCGUCCCAGGCCCAGCAGCGGGUCCCCGAAGAGCUGCCCGGACUACUUCGAGAUUGAGGUCACGGGCGACUCCAACUCUCCGCCAGCUGUGCCGAGGAAGCCGGCGCCUUCAGCGGACGAAGCCGCGGUGAGGGUGCAGGCGGCGGUGCGCGGGCUGCUCGCUCGUCGCAUGGUGCGGGAGGUGCGCAUGGUGGAGCGGCUGGCGGAGGCCGUGGCCGCGAGGGUGGCCUCCGAGGCGGAGGCGCUCCGCGCGGACGCCCUUGCACGGAUCGGCCUCGGGGAGGAGCUCAUGCGGCUGCUGCUGCGCCUCGACGGCGUGCGCGGCGCCCGGGAGUACCGGAGGCGGGUCACCAGGCGCGUGCUCGCGCUCCAGGACGCUGUUGACGCGCUCGAGGCCGCGCCUGCGGUGGUGACCGCCGAUGCGCCGGAAGUUCAGGAUGCAGAGGAAGAAGCAGAGAGCGGGAUGGAGCCGGAGCUGCCGGUUGAGGACAAUACUGCGUCGGAUUUUCUGGCUGCCGAGACAACCGACAUGGCAGCGAUGGAGGUUGAUGCAGCGAGUCCCGUCGUCGUCGACGAGGCCGGGCAGACCGAGACCGAACUGGUGGCGGAAGGCGAGAAGGCCUCGGAGGCGGAGGGUGAGUGGGAGAUGGUGCUGACGGGGGACGGCGACGUCUUCACCGGCGAGGAGGACCAUGCACCACCCAAAGCGCAGCAGCAACAGCAAGAACAGGCACAGGAGGAGAAGAAGACGGUGACCACCGACGGGCUGGACGCGAAGAAACUGAUGGAGAUGGUGGCGGCGCUGUGCGAACGGAGCGCACAGCAGUGCGAGCUCAUCGGGGCCCUGGCUGAGCGGGUGGACACACUGGAGCGCGCCUUCCGGCGGGUUGAGGAGGCCGACCGGCGCAGGCGGAGGAACAAGAAAACCAACAAGGACGGCAAGAAGAACACAAGUAGCUUCUACAGCGACUAGAUAUGAUAAAUAGCUUCAGCAUAAGGCUUCGAUUGGAUUUUUUUCAUUAGAUUUUAGUAAUCUUGCAUUUAUUUCAAUUCUGUUGAUCGUGUGAACAAACUUAGACUAUGUCGGCAAAUUUCAUUAGUUUCAAUUGAGUUGUGUGAUGCUUGAGCUUUCAAAA